UGCUCCCACAUGUAUGUUACCGUCUGUUGCAUUGUCUCAUUGGGGCGCAGAGCUCGAGUUUAACGCGCUGACUGAGAAACGGAUGGAUGUCAGAGGAAAGUCAAUCCAGGGACCGAUGUGAAGGUUUGGAUCCGCUGCUUUAAGGCGCAGAGCCGCUCCGAUGGACAGUGCUUCCAUUAAUUAAAGCACUCCGGACUGUUCCCGGAGCUGCACCCUUAUCCCGCUCCAUCACCCCCCCUCAUUCCUGCGGUGCUGCAGCUGGAUCUGCGCCCCGGAUCCGCAGCCAGGAUGGCCGCCCGCCGCAGCUGCGUGAACUCUCUGUGGUCCGGCACCGAGCGGGUCCGCAUCGGAGAGCGGCUCAAAGCGACGCUUGCAGGGGUGCUGGAGCUGGAGGUGCUGCGGCGCAAACACCUGGAGAUGGUGGACGCCGCGCUGAGGGAGCGAUCGGCCGGGGAGGCGGAGAGCACCGCCUCUGAUACCGAGGGUGGCUCUGCGACAUCCCGCAGGCAACAGGCUGCCUCCCCCUCCAACACAAUAGGCUCUGCCUGUCAGAUCAGUCCAGAGGAGUGUGUCAGUAACUCGGGGGAUGUGACCGUCCAGUCCUCUUCUGGCAGGGGGGGUAACUCCAGGUGGUCCACUCUUUCCUGGGACGCCUCCUCCGACCUGCUAUCCCCUCCAACUCCGGACUCUGGAGGCAUGGUCCACCUUGAUAGCGAUUCCAGACCUAGUUCAGGUUUCUACUCAGUCAGUGGGAGCUCCCUGUCAGACUCCUGCUACUCUGUGUCCAGUGAAGUCGCCCAUGUAGGGCCGCUGACCCCUGCCAGACCCCCAAAGCCAUGGGAGCAGGUUCCUGCUUCUGCAGACAGCACUGACAUCCUGUGGUCAGUAGGCGCAGUGCAGCAACAGCAACCUUCUGCAGAAAAUGGCCAAGAGGAUGCUGAAGCAAUAGAAGAAUCAAAUGCUCCAGCUUCAGAUGAUCCAGUUGCAGAAGACCACAACGCCUCUGGUUUCAGCUUUCUGUCAGAUCUUUGCACAGUGGUUGGUGACUCCCUGGUUUCCUUCAUCAUCCCUCUUCUCAAUCCCUCUUCAUCCCCCACCUCUGUGCAAUUAAAGCCCCAGUUGGACCCCUGCUAUUGCACAGACCUGGUGUCUCGUCGAACCAAAGAUGUCUACUCUUAUCCAAGUCCGCUUCACGCUGUCGCCCUCCAGAGCCCCCUCUUUACCUCCCUGAAUCCAGAACAAUCACCCUCCACAAGUUCUGAAGAAGCACAGGACAACGAGGAGGUGGAGGCAAACCCUGAAGCACCUGGUCCUCUCCAGCCUCAGCAGCCUCCCGCUCUGACCUCCGUCUCCCAACUGGAGCAGUACAUCACUCGGCUGGCCCACCAGUACCACAAACGUGUAAAUGCCUCCACCUCUGAUCUCACUUCAACUGCUGCUCCUGGUCCAGUCUCUCAAAGAAGUCUGGGUACUCCUGGCAGAAGUCAUGGCUCCACCCAAUCUCUAUCUGCCUUUGAGAGCCGUAAUACGCCCUCUUCCCAGGCAGUGGGCAGCGUUACACCCUGCAAGUCCCUAAUGGGAAACUCUGCCAGAGUAAGCCUCAGUGCUACGGGGAAAAAGGGCACCAGGAAUUCAAUCAACCUGGGUAACCUUCCCUCUGCAACCGGAGAAGACCUCAGCAUCAAUCUACAUCUCAACCUCAACCUCAACCUUGCUCCUGGGUUAAACUCGAGCCGCGGCCUCGCCGACACACCCAAAAACAGCAGUUGCGGAGCCAUAAAGAGUGACAUGAACACUGGUUCUGCUGCCUCUUUCACCUCUCUGCCCUCUGCUACCCCUACACCAGGGGUCAGGUCUCGUUCUCGGAUCUCGACUUGUCCAAGCAGCCUGAGCCACCGUAGUUCCCUCGAAGUCCCCCCGACCGCGGGGGCCAGUCCUGGGUUUGGGUCGUCGUCUUUUUGUCGCUCGUUAGAUUGGAGUACCAGCCCGCCACCUGAGGUAGGACAGCCAGGGUUUGUGUCAAAUACGGGGUCGGCUCCUGGAUCUCAGCGCAGCAGCUUAAUACAAGAGUCCUGCUCUAGUCCCAAGCUGACUGAAGACUCCCCCAUGGUUGGGGAGAUCUCCCGCCUCUCUGGACUGUCUCGGGCCGUAGUGGUGGGACUGAUGGAGCAGGGAGUGGAGCUGGAUAUAGACUGCUUCCAAACGGAUCCUGGUGGUGGGGUGAGGAGCCACAGUAAAGCUCACCUGACACCGCAGAGGGAUCCAUCCUGCGACUACGGCAGGCUGGGGGAGGCAACUCCCCAGAGGCCAAUCCAGCUCUCCCUCAGCGUUACUCACUCCCCUCAAUCUCAGUCCAGCCUCACCCCUCCUCUCUCACACUCUAACAGCCCCAUACACCCAUACCAGUCUAUCCAUAUCCCUCCUUCUCACUACUCCUCACAAUGCCACUACCAACACAUCCCCUCGCCAUCUGAUGUCCCCUCCUCUACAGCCUCCUCUCCUGCUUCACACCAAACUCCAAGGGCUCACUCUCCUCCACGGCCCCUCAAGCCCUCCCCAAUGGGGGCCACCCCACUCUCCGUUUUCAGACGGGAUUCACCUUUCCAGUGCUCCCUGCCACACAACAACCGAACCUCGUCUAGGGAGUAUGGAGGAAUCCAACCUAGAGGAGGAUCACUCAGGCAUAGUGGGGCAGAGGGUGAAGGGGGCGACAGGUGGAAAAAGUUGGAGGGAGAUGGCCUCUACAGAGGAAAACAUGCCUCUCAUAAGUUGGUUAGGGCUGCUACCGUGAGCAGCUAUGCCAAGAGAGAUGACUACAGCUCUGUUUGGGCAGAGGAGGGGGAGAAGGUGAGAUCGUGUGCUCAGACACCCAGGAAGUCGUCUGGCAAGCUCUGGAGGGGCUUUGAGGGGCGCUUCAGAGGAAAAGAGUCAGAGAUCGAAAAGGAGGAGAUGGACAGAGCAGAGUACGGAUAUGGCUGCAGUAGGGGAAGCAUUGGAGGCUGGAGGAGAGAACAACGAAGAGCCAAGGGAUCCUCGGGUGGUGCCGACAGGAAGCCAAAAGUAGAUCACUCCCCCAUGUUCUCUCGAUCAAGGGGGAAGGAGGACGGGGAGAGACGCAGCUCCAGCCUCAGGCUCUCCAGGAGGGCCCUGUUCAGGAGUGAGUCCCAAGGCCUUCUCGUGCCUCCAAACCAUAGAGAGGAGCUGGCAAAGAGGGGGCACUGGGUGUCCUCCUUCGAUGUCGCGCAGAGUGGAAUGGGGACGAGCAGAGACGAAGGCAUCAGAUUGUUGAGAGCCAAGGAAGAGGACAAACGGCUUUCCUCCACCGCCAGCCUCUUCAACCUCUCUCGCUCUCAGAGCCUAGAGGGUAGCUGCCAGUCACUCUCCCCUCUGUCCUCACCCUCGUUUUCCCCCUCCCCUCCUCCACGGAUGCCCCUGCAACGCUCCCGAUCAUUGAGGGAUCUGGGGAGGAAAGUGUUCGGCUCCAUGAGGUCCCUGAGUCUCAAACGAAAGCCAUCCAAGAAGUGACACUUGUACAGCGAACAAACCUUCCGUUACCUUCAGAAUACCAGUUGUGCUUAUUAUUGCCGUACAUCAGAUAAAAAAGGAAGCAUCACCUCAAUGUUUCCUAAAAGGUGCAAUGACCGAUCAGACAGACCGGAUCUCUGAUACUGCCUUUAGGACCUACUUGGUAGAUCUUUUCUGGCACAAAGUCUUUCCAACCUGCCAUAAAUAUCUUCAUGGCUGACAGCAUUCCUUCUAGAGACAAUGUGGUAGUAUUUCAUUGCUUAGCCACCUUUGAUAUCCUCAGAGAACUAAAGGAAGAGUAAGAAAAUCCUAGUGAAAGCCAAUUUGGAGAUUUAAGGUCAGUGUUUUUUAAAGACUUUGGGCCCCUGGCGAUGGUGAGUAAAAGGUCUUAGGAUGGAUUAAACUUUUAUUGCAGCAGUGUAAUAACUCCUAACCUUUGAGUUGAGCAUAUUUAUUUAGUAAAGGCAGCUUGAGAGCAUUUUCAUUUUCUAUAACAUAACGUUUGAGCAGGGGUGUCCCCCAUUAAUGGCACAUAUUUGGCCCACCAGAUUGAUUCAGUAAACUUAGCAAACCAAGGCUAAUGUUUUUACUCAAGAAACAAUCAAACUCUUUUUUUUUUUUUUUUUUUAGCAAAAGGGGCUUUUAUUCACAGUUUCCAGACAGGAAAGGGGCAGAUAACAAGAGGGGAAUACAUGCAGCAAAAGUCUUAGGGUUGACGACUAUAGCCUCUGUUAACGGGCAAAAGUGGAGCAGGAAGUGGAGCCCACAGCGCCCCAAAUACUGUUCUUCUUAGCGAGAAUAUAAUAAUCACUCAGACUUGAGCAAGGUUUUUGCUGGUAGAAAAAAAUGACAACCAUUUACAUAAAAUGUGUUAUAUUAACUCAGUCAACCAGAAGAUAUCUUUGCAGCCUGGUGGCUUUAAUAAAAGCUUCCAAGUCAAAAAGAUCUGAUCAACUUUAAGUACAGAAUACCCUUGACUUCAGUUCCAUUAAUUUUGAAGUUCUUAGUAGUAUUGACCAUUGUGCCUGCAGCAAUUUUUUCCUUUUUGAAACAUUUCCUAAAAAGAAUGUCUUUAAUAUUCUCUGAAUUCGAGGGGGAUUUACAGAAAGGACAAAAAGUUAACCUUAUUCCCUAUCAAAGUAAUUCAAACUUACAGAUCAACAGAUAAAGCUUCAUCUCUGGCUGGUAAUUUCAAGGCUUUUACACAACUUCAUCAGCUUCUCAUCAUAUGCCUCUUAACAUUGAACUCAAGGUUUAACUAUUUAAAUCCCUGUUUUAAAGCCAAAUCUAAUCAAAUGCUCAUAUUCUUCUCUUAAAAUGUAUUAAACCCCUCUGGGGAGCCUAAGCCUUCUUGUUAAUUUAAACAAAUGUUUGCAAAGAGUUAACAUAUUUUAUUAAACAGAGGACCCUGCAGAAACCAUGUAAACCUGAUAACUCCAGCUAAAGGUUGGGGUUUUCUUUUUUGUGUGUUUUGGGUUGUGCUGCUGCAUUAAAAGGAUUAAUUUGCACGUUUGAGGGUGAAAACACAUUUAUUUGGAUAGAAAAUUCAUGUGCUUGUGAAUAUUGACCAAAUACUUAUUUAAAGUGAAUAAAAAAAACACAAUCUCUUGUGUUUUAAACAUAUUUUUUUGUGCUUUAAAAAAAUUCCAAUUAAAAUAAAUAAACUCUGGGAAGAUUUUGUGGCUCAGCUUCAACAUACUGAAUAUUAACUCAUUACUGGCUAUAAAAAGCUUAGUUGCAUAAUGCUCUAACUCCCCUGUAACCAUGAGAAUGAAUGUGUGCACACAUACUCCCCGCUCUGCAUGCUGCUCUGUGACUCGUUCAGUGAAAAUAGCUGUUGUGAGAAUGUGAAACUCUUAAUUGUUGGCAAUACAGCCUCUGAAGUACAAUCAUAUUG